AUGUCACAUUCUAUGAAAGAUAAUAAAGCAAUUCGCAUGCUUCAAGCAGCAGAAGACGGUGGUUAUGGUGUUGUAGGAGUAGUCUCCUACAACCUCGAAACCAUAACCGCCAUUGUUCGCGCCGCAGAAAGAAAACGUUCUCCCGCACAAAUCCUACUCUUCCCAUGGUCCCUUCACUACUCCCCGCUUCUAAUUCAUCUUGCAGCCGCCGCGUGUCGAACCGCUACUGUACCCAUAGUUUUACACAUGGACCACGCACAAUCUGAAGAUGAAAUCCUUGCCGCUGCUGAUAUGGGACUUUUCGACAGCAUAAUGGUAGAUAUGUCGCAUUAUGAGAAAGAGGAAAAUCUAGAAAAGACCACAAGGUUAACCAAAAUUUUGAGGGAGAAAGGCAUAGCUGUUGAGGCGGAGUGUGGAAGGAUUAAUGGGGGCGAGGAUGGGGUGAAGGAUACAGGGGAUUUGGAAGGGUUACUCACGACUCCUGAGGAGGCCAUGAAGUUUGUGGACACGGGGGUAGAUUUUUUGGCGCCAGCUUUUGGGAACGUGCAUGGAAAUUAUGGUGGGGUGGAGAAUAUUAAGUUGGAUUUUGAAAGACUCGAAAAUAUAAGAAAAGCCACAAAUGGUAGAGUACGUUUAGUUCUCCACGGCACUAAUACAUUCCCUGAUGAUACAAUGAGGCAAUGUAUAAAAGGAGGGAUGACACGAUGUAAUCUGAAUGAUUUGGUUUUAAAUGCCUACAACAAAUAUGUAGCGGAGAACACGGGAAAAGUCCCUCUGACGGAACUUAUGGAAAGAGGCACAAGUUUGAUCCAGGAAUUGAUCGAACAUCAGAUGGAUAUCAUAGGCUCGACUGGAAAAGCAUGA